AACCCGGAAGUAGUUUAUGCUUCCACACAUGCAGGCUGGAGUUAUACUGUACAUGUAGCUCACGUGCUUUAAGUUUUAUCUGUUCUCUUUUCUUCACGUUUUAACAGCUGACACUCGAUGAUGAAGUGAACAAAUGGCCGACAUCUUAAACCCGGAGAAUGAAGGAGAUCUUCAGUCUCAAAUUGAAGAGGUGGAGGCUCUGUCUUCCAUAUACGGUGAUGAAUGGUGUGUUAUUGAUGAAGCAUCCAGAAUAUUUUGCAUCAAAAUAUCCAACGACUUAGACGAGCCCAAACUGACAGCAUGUUUACAGAUAAUUCUCCCGCCCGAUUAUCCGAGCGCAGCCCCUCCCAUCUACCAGAUCAAUGCGGCGUGGUUGCGUGGCCCUGAGAGGGCCAAAUUGGCAAACAGCCUGGAAGACCUCUAUGUGGAGCACGUGGGGGAGAGCAUCCUCUACCUGUGGGUGGAGAGAAUCAGAGAAUUCCUGGUGGAGAAAUCCCAGAGCUCGGAAACAGUGAAUCAGCCAGAGAAGGUGAACAUGACGUCUGAGGAGGUGGACGAUGACGAUGAUGAUGAAGACAUACCUGACUUCAGGACUCUGAAACUGAACACAGAAAACGCACAUCUCUUCAUGGAUCCUACGAACGGUGAAGAGCUGCCUCCAAUUAAACACGGAAAUCCCAUCACAGACCGACGCAGCACCUUCCAGCCUCACCUGGCACCUGUGGUGACUCCCAGACAGGUGAAAAUGGUUCUGGAGAAGCUGUACGAGAACAAGAAGAUCGCCAGUGCCACUCAUAAUAUUUAUGCAUACAGGAUUUACUGUGAAGAUAAGCACAGCUUCCUGCAGGACUGCGAGGACGACGGGGAGACAGCUGCAGGCGGGAGGCUGCUUCACUUACUGCAGAUCCUGGAUGUGCGUAACGUCAUGGUGGUGGUGUCUCGAUGGUAUGGAGGUAUUUUGUUGGGUCCUGACCGCUUCAAACACAUCAACAACUGUGCGAGGAACAUCCUGGUGGAGGAGGGAUACACUGCCUCCUCGGAUGCAGCUGCCAAGAACAAAAGGCCAAAAAGCAAGAAGACAAAAUGAAUUUCAAAAGAAGAAAAAGAGACAUUUGUGCAGGUUUCGCUUUUUAAUUAAGUGAAGAAGUUGUUUUCAGCUGAUUCGGAAACGUCUGGAGGGAGACAAGCGUUGAUUCAUGCAAUUAGAGACAAAUUAUUCAAAAUAACUAAGGUACUAAAAUGUCUCCAAGGAGUUUUGAGUUGUUAUUUCAGCUGGUCGCUUUAACCUUAGAAUUUAUAUUGCACCAUUUUGACAAGGAAGCCUUGGAAUGAAAUGUUGGAAUGAAAACGUUUUUUCAUUAAAACAACCAAACAGUGGGGAUUUGUAUAGAAACUGAUUUUGACAUAAACAGUGUGGUGUUUAUUGAUCUGAUCCAUCAGUCUCACACAAUAGGAUUAUUGAGCCACAUGAUCAUUACACACCUGAAUGAAUGAAUAUUUUUUUACCAUUCAUUUUGAAUUCUAUCACUUCACUCUGUGUGGAUGUUGAUACGAUCCUUGCUCUGGUAAAUGUUAAUUCAGCUGAAUCUGGAUCAGAAUGAAAUCCAGACACAGUUCAUUCAGCAUGUACAAGAAAUAUGAUCAGACAGAAUGAAGUUCCCGUGUCUACAGACGCAAACACUCACACGUUCAUGUUCACAACUGCAUUUAACAUCCACUUGAGACCUGCUUGAUAUUCAGGUUCGCAUCGCAGGUGCUUGUUCGCUCAAGGCUUUCACCUCCCUCCGGCUCCUGUGGGGUUUCUGUCACCUUUCUGUUUUGGUGUCACUUGAUCCCUGGAAAGAAACAAUCUGCAUAUUAACCACUGCAGCGGCGGCUUCAGGCAGCAGAGCACGGCUUUCUAAAAAUGUCCAGGGUUCAUCUGCGCACUUGGAAGGUCGUUUCCACCACCUCAACCCAACUAUUGUGGUAUAAAAAACAAUGGACUUUUAUCUGUUCAGUAGCUUCAGGGAGUAAAACUCAUGAUCCAAUAAGGACAUUUCAUUUGAAUGAUAACACAAUAGAUUCCUGAAAUUUCCUCCAUGUCUGAGCGCACAAAGCUUCCUGCUCAUUUCGGCCACUGAGAAUAAUCACACUUGGAUUAGUGGCAGUGUCAAAGUGUCAAAGUAAAGAGCAAGUGCUAAUCAAACACAGUCUUAAUAACUGUCCAGAUAAAGGAGUCUGUAGCUAGCUGGCAGCUAGCGUGUGAUUUCACCGUCAUGGAAAGUGUCAACCGGGAAAACACUGUAACACAAAAACUAACUUUUGAAGAAAUGUGUUUUGAAAUUAAAAAAAAAAAAAAUCUAUGAUAAAAUAGUGAUAGAUGUUUUUCAGUGUCGGUUCUUUAUUUUUUAAUUUAUUCGAGGGCUGAACGAUGUGCAACAAAAAUAAUAAUGUGAUUAUUUUUGGCAGAUAUUGCGAUUGUGAUAAGAGUCAUGAUUUAUUUAGUUUCUCUGGAAAAAAUAUAAAAAUAAUGAUAAUGAUGUGAUUUUUGUUGGAGCUUGUGGCAAACAGCCAUGUUCCUUUAAGUCUGGAGAAUAUGAUUUGUAGACUGCGGGUCUCUGUAGCACCACAACGCUUCAUUUAGGGUGUGUUGUGACACAUUGCAGCUCCUGUGAUUUGAAUAAUAUUCUGAUUAAUUGCUCAGCCCUGUUUUAUAUGCUUUUUAUUUCAUAUGUUUUUAUUUAAUAUUCAACGCUUUUCAAGCAUCCUUGAUUUUCAAGUGUCUUUAAUGAAAACACUACACAAGGUGUAAUGAUCCGGAUCAAGAGCCUGACCUGAUCUGUAGACUAAGCUGCAGCUUCUUCUGAAAUUAAACUGACCUUUCAUUUUG